GAGCAGAAGCUGAAAAAGUUCAAUCCGAAGAAGAUGGAGAUGAAGAAGCUGAGAUGGGCAAUGGACGGAGCCUUCUGGGACCUGGACAUCUCGACGCCGAGGACCCUGGACGGACUGGGCCGCCCCGUUCCCGGCGACCCACUUCCUCUGGGCCUUUCUCGAGGCUCCAGGCUCUCCCGGCCCAAACAAAUUGACUUCAUGCAGCGUUUCAUGGCCGCCCCCUUCGUCCCUUCCUACGCCGCCGCCAGUGGCUUCACUCUCCAGCGCGUCCUCACCAUCCCCUUCGCCGAUAACUGGCUUGGGACUUUACUGGGUCAGUUCAAUUUCGAGAGGUUUGUAUCCUCUGUGAAAAACAGUGAGGGCCCACCACCGGACUCUGCUUCUUCAUGGAUGAAAACCCUGGGAAAGCACUUACAGGACAAGUCCUUGUAUGCCCUUUCGUUCUGUUCUGACUUGCUGUUGACACCUGAUGACACAUUGCUUCUGAGUGUGGAGGGUUAUGGUGAUGAUAAGAAGCCUCGAAAUAAAGCACUGUUUCAGCACAGGUUUCCUCAUCACAAUUUGUCAGUAGAGGCAGUUUGGCCAGGGCUUUUUGUGGAUAAGGCUGGUGAUUAUUGGGAUGUGCCAUUGUCAAUGUCGGUUGAUCUGGCUACGGUUGCUUCGGAUUCUGGUGCCAGUUAUCGUGUGUGCGUGCAUCAUAACUCGGGGGCACCCGAGCGCCUUGAUAGUGGUCAGAGUGAAGGAAUACCUGCUGGUUUGCUUCCUGGUUUGGCUGUCAAGGGUGCUAUUUCCUAUAGGAAGAAUCUUGACCUUUGGAGAAGUAAUGCUCCGAAGCUGAAAAUGGUGCAGCCCUUUGAUAUAUUCCUUUCGAAUCCUCAUGUUUCGGCUUCAGGGAUUAUUGGUGCUGCUAUGACUGCCUGUUUUGGUGAGGGUGCGGCUAGGUCACAAAUUGAGGAUGAUGAUCCUCAGGGUUUUAGAGGCAUUAGUCUUCAGGCUCCUGCAGUAAAAUCUGCCUUUCUAGCAGAUGUUUUUGGGUCUGCAUCAUUUUCAGCACAGCAUGGAAACUUCCAAAGGCUAUUUCUGGAUCUUACUCGUUUUCAUGCUCGCCUGGAUUUUCCUUCUGGAGCUAAAUUUCUGUCGGGUGCCACACAUCUAGCAGAAGAUUAUUUCAAUUCUCAAAAGCCAAAUUUGGAAGCUAUUCAGGAUAUUUGCCCCAAUGCCACCCUUUCUCUUCAGCAGCAGAUUGCUGGACCUUUCAGUUUCAGGGUUGAUUCAAGAGUUGCAGUUGAACUAAGAAACCAAAACUGGAGUAUACGUGUGGAUGAGCCCGUAUUUGCCCUCGAGUAUGCACUGCAAGUCCUUGGUUCAGCUAAAGCUGUUGCUUGGUAUUCCCCAAUGCACCAAGAAGGGAUGAUAGAGCUUCGUUUUUACGAGACAUAAAAUCAUGCAACUUUAGUCUUGUAGAGUUAUAUUUUUGGGUCACAUUGGCUUCAAUUCCAGAAAACUACUUUCACCAUUUCA